UGGGAAAACCUUUGUAACUUUGCUCCAAACAUUUCCCGACUCUUCCCCCCUGCAUUAUUCCCCAGUUGAAAGGAACAUUACAACACCGGCCCGGAAUGUCGGCUGUACAUUUUUCCAUACAUGCUACCCGGCUUGCUGAGUUCCUCCAGCAUUUUGAGUCAGUGUAUUGCUCAGAUUUCCAGAUUUUCGCAACACGCAUCAAAGUUGCUGCCUGGUCUGCUGGGUUCACCAGCAACUUUGAUGUGUGUCGCUUAUUUCCAGCAUCUGCAGAAUUCCUCGGGUUUGCGUUUCCAGAUUUUCUCGUUUGUGAUCGGAUUACAACAUUGAAAAAGAGAAACGCAUGCGCGUAAAAUCCUCCUCGCGAGGACGCGAAGUGCGUGCGCAUCAGUCCCACAUGAGGCGGAUUUAGCCGCGCAUGCGCGUUCGCAGCUAAUUCAUAGACCGCCCCGUGUGCAUGCACGCGUGCGCCUUAGAUCUGUGACCGGUCGGCCGAGACGGCAGCGCAUGCGUGCUCAGGAACCGUGCGUCAUUAUGAAGAUGGGGCGCCGGUAGGCCAAACCCGUGCACUGAUUUCGAGAAGUUUACUACCAGAGACCGAGGCUAUGGACAGAGAAGUAGGCCCCGCCCCAGUGACAUAAGGGGUGCAGAUUCCACGGCAUGGCUCGGAAGCCGAUGGUCUGAGACCACUGUCAAGGCCGGGUGCGGGGUGCCGACGCCACCACAGCCAUGCCCGCUCCCGACUCUCCUAGCCCGGCUCCACAGCCUCCGUCCUCGCCCGCCGCCCCUGCAACCUUCGGGCAGCAAUCAGCGCUCGUGAACGGCGGGGCCGUGGGAUUAGUCUCCUGCUCACAAGGCAGCAUAAGCAGCGCGCCUGGCGCCUCCGACACCCCUCCCAUCACCGUUCUCGCUCCCAGUCUUGUCCUACGGUCGAACCCGGGCGCGGGAGCACAGCCCCGAAGCGGCCUUCAGUUCCCUGCUGCUUCUACUACAAUUGUCGCUACCAACCCGCCGCCUUCUGUCGCCUCCGCCACCAUCCCGAAUAUGAGUGCCUCCUCUCUGCAACUGAGACCCCACCGGCUCGCCCAGACGUCGCUGCCCCUCUUGCAAAACAUCCAAGUGCCAACGGGUAUGGUCCUUGUCCGGAGCGAUAGUGGACAGCUGGUGCUGGUUCCACAGAAGGCCUUUGCUCAGGCACAGGCCAAAGCUCGAGUACAAGCACAGGGCAACACCACAACUGCUGCAUCCAACAGUACACAUACUGUCCGAAUUUCUAAUAUGCAGACAAAUAAAACCCAGAUAGUUACCAAUCAAGUGAAGGCAUCAGGUGUUCAGCAGGUGAACCCGUUGCAAGCCCCAGUUCAGACAAAUACUGUUCCACAGCGCAUCACUCUCGUGCAGUCACAGCCUGUGAGUGGGGCCACUACAGCAAAAUCCAUAACAGCUGUUGCUCUGAAACCAUCAACACCAGUAAAUUCGUCAGCCACUGUGCAAGUUGUACAAACCACCACUUCACCGGAAACUUUGGAAAAUGUGAAGAAAUGCAAGAACUUCCUUGCAACAUUAAUUAAACUGGCUUCCAGUGGGACCCAGUCAAUGCAGAUGUCCAACAAUGUGAAAACCUUGGUGCAGAAGCUACUGGAUGGGAAGUUAGAAGCAGAGGAAUUCACAAGUCAGCUGUACCAAGAGCUCAAGUCUUCCCCACAGCCUUACCUUGUGCCUUUUCUCAAGCGAAGUUUACCUGCCUUACGCAAGCUAAUGCCAAACUCCCAGGCCUUCAUUCAGCAGUGCCUACAGAAACCUGAAACUCCAGCUACCACGCUUGCAGCUGCAUCUGGAGUAUCCAAGCCUCCUCACCCAGAGCAGGCUACAAGGACAGUCACAGCAGCUAGUACUGCACAGCAGGCUAAGCCCCUGCAGGCCAGGGCCCAGAUGGUAGUCCAACAGUCUGGAGCACUUGCCAAAAUACAGGAAAGCAUACUGCCAAGGACACAAACAGCGACAUUGCAAAGACCUCUAAACCACAUCACUGUGCCUGUAUCGCAGAUACAGAUCAAAACAGUUCCAGGAGCUCCUGUGACUUCAGUGGUAAAAGUCCCAGCUGUACAAGGAAAUGGGAAUUCAACCGUUCUUGUACAUGCCUCAACUGAUGAAAAAUUCAAACGGGAGGUCACAGGGGCGACUUUCAGGGUUGAGAACAACAUCAGUGAUGUGGCCUCUAUGGCUGGGGUCAGCUUCAAUGAAGAGAAUACCUGCAUCCUUGCUACAAAUUCGGAGUUGGUGGGUGAUGUAAUCCGGUCUUGUAAUGAAGAAACAUUCCUGUCCUCUGUAUCCCUACAGAAAAAAACUUUAGAAAUAGGUAAGAAACAUGGUGUGACGGAGGUGAAUUCUGAAGUGUUGAGCACCAUAUCUCAUGCGACACAAGAACACUUGCGGGAACUUGUGGAAAAGCUAACCGUGAUUGCACAGCAUCGAAUGAUGAUGUACAAGGACAAUGACCAAUACGGCUUACUAAGUGACACCCGAUCACAGCUGAAGUUCUUUGAGCAGUUGGAUCGGCUGGAGAAGCAGCGGAAAGAUGAGGAUGAGAGAGAAACAAUGCUGCGAUUGGCAAAGAGUCGCGCCAAGCAUGAAGAUCCAGAACAACUUCGAUUGAAACAAAGAGCCAAAGAGAUGCAACAAUUGGAACUUGCACAGUUGGCACAGCGGGAAGCAAAUCUCGCAGCACUUGCAGCCAUCGGACCAAGGAAAAGAAAAACCCCAGAUUCACCAAGCCUUGGAACAGGAAAUGAGGGAUCAAGCAGUGGUGGGAACGCACUUGGUGUUACACGACCUCGACCCUUCCUGCGACAGAAAGUAACACGAGUCAAUCUCAGGGAUCUCCUCCUCUGCCUGGAGCAGGACCAAGCAGCCAGUCAUUCCCUGCUCCUGUACCGAGCCUAUCUCAAAUGAAGUAAGUGGUACGAACUGGAUCUAUGCACUGAACCCAAAGAAAAAUGGUUGCAUAAACAGUGCCAUAACUGAUGCAGUGCUUCACCAAGCAAGACUCUCAACGCUAUCAUCCUUGUUUACUGUUAUGACUUUAAAAAACCAAUACUGACGGGUACAGUUUUUGUUUUGUUGCAAUUCUUGAGAAGGCAAGAGCUCAAUUCAGUUGAACUUCCAGUAUAUCUUGUGAAACUGAGUUCCCUCCAGUUCGAAGAUGUGCAAAACCAGGACGCUUCAUGGUUUAUAUAUAUUUUUAAAAAUCUGAUCGAUCUCUAAGUUAGCAACCCCUUCUGAUACUGUGAAAUGUAAAUGGCGUGAACCUUUUUUUCAUUAAAUGCAUCUGUGGUGUACAUUCCUCAUUCAUCAGGUUAAACUUGCAUCUCCUUCAGUAUUUGUGCUUAAACAAUUUGUUUCUUUGUGAUAAAGUUGCUGCAUUUUUUGUCAGAAAAUUCAGUCACUGUGGCAAAUAUGUUUUGUUGAAUUCAGUUGUUAAUUUUCUGUGAGCUAUUUAACAAUUCAAGUGACCUGUCACUUUUUUCCUCUAUCAGCAGCAAACAGGGCAUCACUUAUCUGCAGUUGUUCCUGUUUUGUUCAGGGUCUCGGUCACAAUUUCACCUCCUGAGAAGUGGAGUUUAAGCUUUCUGGGGAGCUAUGAAUUUUUUUUAGGAAUUACUCUCUUUUAUCCACCAAGUUCCUCCAGAAUUAACCAAAUUGGCAGUGGCCUUGUUGUUACUGCUGGACAUCAUUGGAUUAAACGUCUUGACCUGAGCAACUUCUCAUCAUGCUGAAUUCUUCCCUCCACUGCAACCCCCAUCCUCCCUCACUUUCAAAAAUAAUCACAUCUUUAACUCUGAAUUAAAUCAGCAAUAAUGAUGCAAGGGUUAACACCAACACCAGGUCUGCUCAGAUAUAGAACUAAAGACCUGCCCAAUCCUAGACCAAGAAUUUGUCCAUUUUAUUCUCAACCCACUAAUCACUGUAGAUACUCAAACAUGCAGUUGGAGACCCCUGUCAGGCUCUUGGCCUUUCAUUGUGUGCAGUAAUAAUGAAGCUAGCUGGAAAUAAUUUUGAGAGACCUUAGGACACACUGAUUUGCCAAGAAUCUUUGAUAAUGUAUUUACUUAUUGUACACUAAGCCAGCCAACCUAAACUGAACCCAAGAAUGUAAAACCAUGCUGAUUCAAUAGCUUGCGGAUGGGUCUCAUUGGGAUCGAGUCAGGUGCUGGACUCCGCCAGUGAAGAUAUAAGCAUGUGUGAAGUUGUUGGAUCAGAAUGCAUUACUGCCUCUCGAUUUGUGUAGAGAAUUCUGAGUAUGUCAUUUUCUGUGUUCUAUGUUUAUCUUUUUCUCUUACUGUCAGUUCCUCCAGGGGCAAGUCAGAAAUGGGAUCAGCAGUAGAGUAUAGACAUGUGUUUGUCGCAACAUCUGUGCGCAAAUGGGAUCCAAUACUGAGAUUGAAACCUGCAUUCCAAAGCUAUGCAUUACUUAUGGAGCCAUUCAGAGAGUAUAGGUGUGAGCUUAAUGCUUGUCUAUUGGCUGAGUAUUUUCAAACUGCUUGACUGAGAAAGUGCACUGUGGGGAUUAUUGCUGGUGGGCAUCAGUGAUUCCAUAACAUUAGUGAGUAACUGCAGGCUGGAAUACUUUUGGAUAUCUCUGGUGAGUGAGUGGUGCCAGUGUUGGGGUGAGAUUUUGUGGACAAGGCCCAGUAUAGCUUUAACGUAAUUCUAAGUGAGAUCCCUGCCGAGAAAGAAAUUAAGUGGAGGUUUACUCUGCUCUCAAACAGGAAAUUCUGGGAUGUUUGGCAGUCACACCGGAUAUGGAAGGAUUUGUAUUUCCCUGAGCAAGUGGUGAAGUCUUCUGUCUUUGGAAAUGCUAAGGGCUUUAAUUACUCCCGGAAACUGAUUGCCUUCAUUGCUCAGUAUUUGGUGAGGCCAUAUUGUGCUUGAUUCCAAACCCAUUCUUUAAAACUGAGGUGGGGCAAAAUGAAUAAGACUUCCCAAACAUUUAAAAAUGGGAUUUACCAAAAUCUGUGCCCCAAGUUGGGUGGGUGAACAAAAAAAGAAUUACUACAUUGGAGAUACAGAAGCAUGGAAUACUCCUGCUUAUAAUCAUUGGAAGACUGCACCACUCCUGGGACCCAACAGUGUGUACUGAUUAUUUUUCUUUGAAUGAUUAGUUUUUCCAGUUGCUAUUUGGGAGAACUCAAAUUCCCAGUGUUACUGAUAACACAGUGCAUAUCUCCUAAUGGGUAAAGGAAGUAUUGUUUACAAGUCUGUAUCAGACUGGUCCACCACAGAAUGAAGUGGCAGGAGAGGAAGCCUUUGUUUGGUGUCACCUUCCCCUGUCCCUGCCUUCCUCCCUCUCACUUCAACUCCAUCCACGGAAAUGUUUGUGGAAUGUGCUUAAUUGAGGAUUUAAAGGUUACCCUAUGUGUCAUCCAUCUUGACUCAUGUUCUUUUUACACUUUCUUUCCCUCGCCACCUAAAUUCCCUUCAAAUGAACUUGACAAAAGAAAUAGUUGCAGCAAUCGCAUUGAAGUCUGCUGGUAACCUGACAUUUGAAAUAUUUUCUGCUUUGGCAGAGUUCUGAGGUUUUCUGUCAAGCUAGUGGAUGUUAUAUACAUACUUAAAAAGCUCCUGAGGGGUAUUCUGCAAUAAAAGUAUAAUUUUGAUGCCAUUUUCAGUAAUAUAUAAAGUAAACUGAUUUUUGUUUCCUAUAAUGAGGAUGGGUAGCCUUAUGUGAAGUGGUUAAUUUAAACACUUGGGGUUAAAAAAGAGAUGCAUCACAGUGUGUGGUAGGCAAUAUAAUAUUAUCUGUGAUUUAUACAACACACAACUCCCUUGAAUCUGACAACGCCUAGUAUUGGAUGCGGGUAUAAAUAAUAACAAAAUGCAAGACAUAGAAAUAUUUAAAAUAAAUAUUUUAAAUAUAUAUUAAAAGAAAAAUUUGGACCCAUGUGCAUUGUGAUAUCAGGUUCUCAUUUGUAUAUAAGCUGAUGCACAUGCUAUGAAAACAUUAUUUUUAUUAAAUAAUCUGUAUAUAAGAUGCAUUUUUGGAACUAUGUUGGAGCUUUGUACCCAUUUUGAAUGACAUUUUGAUUCUGAUGUGCCUAUAUUUAAAGUGUCCUCUAUUGAGUAUUUGGAAGAAUGUUGAGGAUAUAUAUAUAUAUUUGAUUUUGCAUCUCAAAGUUAAAAAUUAAA